AUGUCGGUUUCGGAGAAAACCCCCAUCACGGCCCCGAUCACUGCUCCCAUGCCUGCCGUGACCAAGAUGGUGACCACAUCCCGAAGCCCCAGUGAGGUGACUCUCACCGAUGGCGACCACAACCCCAUCGUCGAGAAGGUCCUCUCCCAGGAGAUGGGAUCGGUCGACUCAGGCUCUCGUCAAACAUUGGACCUCGAGGCGCAGACUGUGCAUGCUGAGCCCAGACGUUUUGCCUUCCUGCGAUACACCAUCUUCACUCUUUAUCGACGCCUCUUCACAUUGGUCGUCUGCGCAAAUGCUGGCGUUUUCAUUUGGAUCAUGCUCUCGGACCAAAAGCUUCUUCCCUUGGUCAAUGCCACAGCUGCCAAUUUACUUGCAUGUGGGUUGGCCCGGCAGCCACUCGUGGUCAACAGCAUCUUUCGGAUUGUUCUGUCAGUCCCGAGAUCUGCGCCGUUUGCUUUGCGCCGCUUCGCCUCCAAGGUCUACCACUAUGGAGGCGUACAUAGCGGCUGUGGCGUCGCCGCCUUAGUCUGGUACAUCGGGUUUGUUGGCCUGAUGUCGCGCCAGUAUUGGACGUCACCUCCGGCUAGCGCAGCAGAAACCGUUGGCUUUUCAGCAGCCCCGGUAGCCCUAGCUUACAUCAUCCUCGUGCUGUUGCUGGCCAUUAUUGUUGUGGCUCACCCGACGUUCCGCAUGAAGCGGCAUGAUUAUUUUGAACUCACCCACCGUUUCUCGGGGUGGCUAGUCGUGGCCAUGUUCGUUGCCUUAUUGUUGGUGUUUGCUCAUGAAAUUAGCCAGGCGCAGGGCCAGCCGCUGGGUCGGUUCCUUGUCACCCUGCCUGCAUUUUGGUGUUUAGUUUUGACGGUGCUGGCCAUCGUUCAGCCAUGGUUGAUGCUGCGCAGGGUCCCCGUGCGGGCCGAGGUCCUGUCCACUCACGCGGUGCGGCUGCACUUUGACCAUGCCGUCACCACUUUUGGCAAAGGCAUCCAGCUGGCGAAGCACCCUCUGCGCGACUGGCAUGGAUUCGCAACCUUCCCGGAUCCCACCCCCGGGGGUUCGCGCGGAAGGCCGAGCUUCUCCUGCCUGGUGUCCAAGGCGGGCGACUGGACUGCCGACACCAUCAAGAACCCGCCCACCCAUUUCUGGAAGCGCGGAGUGCUCAUCUAUGGCUUCGCAUAUUCCAUGCGGGUCUUCAAGCGAGUGAUCGUGGUAACCACGGGCUCUGGCAUUGGCCCCUGCCUGUCGUUCCUGGGCGAUGACAGCCGCCCUGAGUUGCGAGUUCUCUGGCAGACUCGCGCUCCGCUCAAAACAUAUGGUCAGGAGGUGAUGGACCUUGUCCACCGGAUGGACGCUAACCCAGUCAUCAUGGAUACCGACCACUCAGGACGAGUGAACAUGGUUCCCAUUGUGCAGCGACUGAUCCCAGAGUUUGGAGCCGAAGCGGUGUGCGUGAUCAGUAACCCUGUGCUGACGCGCCAAAUCGUGUAUGAACUCGAAGCGCGCGGGGUCCCAGCAUUCGGUCCGAUUUUCGAUUCGUGA